CUUGUGGGCGGGACGUAAUGGCGGACCUGAAGCCCAAACCGGUGUCUACUUCUCCGGCACGUUGUCCUGCCGUUCGUGUUUGAGCCAAGGAGGUUCUCAACGAAAUCACUUCUUUGAUAAAUAAACCACUGAAAUUUUCAGUCGACCAAAGCGAUGGUGAUGGAGAAGCCAAGUGCCCAGCUGGUCGGGCGAGAGUUUGUCCGACAAUAUUACACACUGCUCAACCAAGCUCCAGACUACCUGCACAGGUUUUAUGGGAAGAACUCCUCUUAUGUUCAUGGAGGUGUUGAUAGUAACGGCAAACCCCUGGAGGCCGUGUAUGGACAAGCUGAGAUCCAUAAGCGUGUGAUGGCUCUGAGCUUCAGGGACUGUCACACUAAGAUCAGACAUGUGGAUGCUCACGCCACCCUGAGCGAGGGCGUGGUAGUGCAGGUGAUGGGAGAGCUCUCCAACAACAUGCAGCCAAUGAGGAAGUUCAUGCAGACGUUUGUGCUUGCCCCAGAGGGCACUGUGGCAAACAAAUUCUACGUUCACAACGACGUGUUCCGUUACCAGGACGAAGUGUUCGCUGACUCUGACUCUGAGCCCCCAGAAGAGUCUGAUGAUGAGGUGGAGGAGAUAGAAGAGAGGGUCCCAUCUCCAGACACCGCCGGAGAAGACUCCACCCAGUACUAUGACCAGAACCCAUGCUCUGAGCCGGUGGGCCCUGGAGAGGAUGAUGAGGGCGUAGCUGUGAGCCCUGAACCUGAACCUGAGGAGGAGAAAGCGGAGGAAGCAUCUGCGGAGUUGAAGGUUGAGACGCUGGACUUGCAGACAGAUGCUCCGUCAGCCAACGAGACUGAGAAGAGCCCCGCCCCCACGACCGCUCCCACAGAAUCUACAACCACCGAACUGACCACAACCGCAUCAGAGGAGAACAGGCCCUUCUCAUGGGCGUCAGUGACCAGUAAAAAUCUGCCUCCGAGUGGUGCUGUUCCAGUCUCAGGAUCCCUUCCACACAUCGUCAAAGUCCCGCCCACAACACAGCCUAGAGUGGAGGUGAAGUCCGAGUCUCAGACAACAGCACAGAGACCUCAGAGAGACCAGAGACCGAGAGAGCAAAGGCCCGGAGGAGCCCCACCUGUGCACAGACCCAGACCAGGUCGGGAGGGGGAGCCCGGGGAGGGAGAAGGGAGGAGGUCAGUGCGGUACCCAGAUGCUCAUCAGCUGUUUGUGGGAAACGUGCCUCACGACGUCGAGAAGGCUGAGCUCAAGGAGUUCUUUGAGCACUAUGGUACUGUACUAGAGCUCAGGAUUAACAGUGGAGGGAAGCUGCCAAACUUCGGGUUUGUGGUGUUUGAUGACGCAGAGCCAGUGCAGAAGAUCCUCAGUAACAGGCCCAUUAAAUUCCGUAACGAUGUGCGUUUGAACGUAGAGGAGAAGAAAACGCGCUCUGUUAGGGAGGGGGAACGACGCGACCUUCGACCCCGAGGUGCAGGGGGUCCGGGGGGUCCCAGAAUCGGAGGAGGUCCCAGAGGUCCUCCAGGCUCUAGAGGUGGCAUGACUCCCAAACCCAGCUUUGGUACAGGGCGAGGGGCUGGUCCCAAUGAUGGCCGCUACUCCGCUCACCGACAGUGAACCGACAGCAGCACCUAGAGUUUUAGUUACUUCACUGCUACGAUUGGACUCAGACUAAAGCCAGGGGUGACAAGAGGGGUCAGGGAGUUUGGAAUUAACUAAACCAGACAUCACAUCUCCUCCUGUCUCAUUAAUAAAGUCAACCUGAGUCUAGGUUUGAGCUUAACUAAACAUAUCUCAUCCUGUCCCUCCUCUACAACCAGACAAAGUGUUAAGCCUGUUUUUGAGUUUAAGUUUGGACUAAACUAAAUCAAAUCUUUGUCCAGGUUUGAGAUUAACUUCACAACUCCUCCUAACAUGUUCAUGGCUACAAUUUGACUCAAAUUAAAGUCAAGGUUUGAUCUUGACUAAACCCAACAUAGUCAUUCCUAUCCCCUCUCUACAACCUGGAAAAAGUGGACUGGACUAAAACAGAUGUCAUAUCUUCCCUUAUUAAUACCUUUUAAAUUCCAACUGUUACUUGUUUACUCAAGCCUAAUUAUUAUAAGUCAGAUUUUGGUCUUGAAUAAACUGGAAUUUAUAUAUUCUUUUUGUCCCUCCUCAACCACAAUAAAUCAAGAGAAAUCAAAUUGGUGUCUUAAAUUAAACAGCAUAAUUGUGCCUGUACCUCACUUUAUUUUGAAGAUCAGGCACAACUAAACCCAGUGUUUAGAUAUUCAGUGUUCCUUUUAAAACAGCCUGAUAAUUUGACUCCGCUGAAUUCUUCACAAGAUUUGAGUCAAAGUUUGGACUUAACUAAACUGCAGUAACAGUACUAAUAUUUGAGACUGGAUUUGGGCUUGAUUAAACCUAACUUGUCUCCCUAUUUAAACCAUAGAUUCUUUUAUUUAGAGGUUAGCAUAGCUGCUGUGAACACCUGGUCUCUUCAAGAUGGUUGACAUUUUUCCUCCUGUCCCUCUCCAUGUUUUGAAUGCCUUUUUUUCCCCUCUUACACAUAAAUUACCGGAACAAUUGUCAUUUUUAUUAACUUUUGCUGAACUUGAAAACAAAUUUAAAACAUAAAAAAGGGUAAAUACUACUUGAAAUAGGGCUUAAGAACCCAGAGGAUAGUUUUUUUGUUUUUCGCGUUCGCUCUCCUGUUUCUUAAAGGAACGUGUAACUUAACUGCUUGGGCAAUCCUGUGUAUUGCUGCCACCCCUUGUAUCUAGCAAAGGAUGGGUCUUUUUAUUCUACCGGGUCAAUGCUGAGCUGCAGUGCUUUUUAUCAGAGAAAAUAUUUGCUUGUUUAAUCGUUUGCGGAUCUGUGGAUGAUGUGUCUGACUGGAGCAUGUCUCAAAAAAUAUGCUUUUCUUUUUUCCAAAUUUUGUCGUUUGACUUCUUUUACCGAUGCACUCCAUUUAUCAUCAUGUUUAAAUGAGCUCACCUGCUGACGAGAGAACUAAAUUAAAGUAAUUUACUGUUUUAAAA